AUGGAUAAAGUAUGGUUUAAGAGAUCGGCUGUUAUACAGUUCUACGAGGCUGAAAACAAGUAUUUACAAGUUAAAUCUAAUACAAAAGCUCUCACAGAAGCAUUGGGUAGGGAGAUCAUUGAAAUCGGCGCUCCCGUAAAAGAUUUACCAGCGGACUUAGAAGAGGAGCCAUCCGUUGAAAAUGAUGACGAUAUAACAUCAACCACCAUACAAGUUGCUACGAAGGAGGACAUAGCUAGAGCGGAACUAGAAAAACCAAAAGACAUCGACAAAAUAGAUGGCGUUAACCAAGACGACGAGGAGGCGAGAAUUGAAAAAGAAUUGGCUGAAAUAUACAAGGAUUCAUCUGAUUAUAAAUCCGACAGCAGUGAAAUGAACGAGAAGAAAAAUUCAACGGAUAAUUCGACUGAUUUUGAAGAGAAACCCGUGGCAAGAAUGAGGGCAAAUUUUAAAUUCCAACCGAAUACAAACAGCAAAAAAGACAUCGAACUGUUUCGAACGUCUGUAGACGAUAUUAGCUGUGAAAAAAAUAAACUGUCUGGCACUACAUCACUACCGAACGGCGGCUAUCGUUACGCCGUGGACGCAAUCAUUAUCGGUGCAGCAAUUACAUCGCUCCAAGCAUUCAAUUACCCAUUACUUGUGUAA